AUGCAUCGCUUAUUAAAACUUCCUGUUCCAAUUUUGGAAACUAGCACAUGUAAUAUAACUCCAAACUCUACUCAUGGUAGAUUCCUAAGACAAAUCAGUUUGUAUUUACUUGAUGAAGCAUCUAUGAUACCCAAAUAUGCUUUGAGUGCCAUUGAUAAGCUAUUACAAGAUAUUUGUAAUAACAACUUUCUUUUUGGUGGUAAGGUUAUUCUUAUGGGUGGAGACUUCAGACAAAUACUUCCAGUUGUGAAGCGAGGUCGACCAGCAGAAGUUACAGAAUCAUGUUUAAAAUGUUCUAAACAUUGGCGAUAUGUGCAAAGGUUCUCAUUAACUGUUAAUAUGAAGAUUCAGAUAGAAGAAGAGGAAUUUUCCCAAUGGCUUUUAAAGCUUGGAAGUGGAACAUUACCUGUCAAGCCUGAAGAUCCUUUGCGAGGGUGUAUUGAAAUACCUGAGCAGUGCUUUCUCAGUGAUAAUGAAUCUAUUGUAGAGAAGAUUUUCGGUGGUGCAGAAGAAGCUGAUUAUGCAAAACGUGCUAUUUUAACGCCAACAAAUGUUGAUUCAUUGGCAAUAAAUGAAGAAGUCCUUCAUCGUUUACCCGGUGAUGUGAAAACAUAUUUAAGUUCAGAUAGCAUUGAAACUGAUAAUCUUAAUGAAAUUAAUAACUUUCCAGUCAAGUUUUUAAAUAGUUUGACUCCAUCAGAUCUCAAAGGUGGACUUUGUAAUGGAACCCGUUUGAUGGUGCGUGUAUUACACAACAAUUACAUUGAUGGUGAGGUUUUAACAGGUGUAUCAGCUGGUAACAGGGUAUUUGUUCCUCGAGUUCAAUUAGCUCCAUCAGAUGCAAAUUUACCUUUUACUUAA